AUGGUGCUUUUCAAGAGAAAACCGGUGCAGUUUCUCCCCCCGGCGGAGGUGGAGGAUAGUGACACCGAGGUCUGGCACAUCCCUCAGACUGGCGAAAUAUUUGCUUCGUACGAAGACUACCUGAACCGCAUGGAUUUCUAUAAGCAGCGUCGGUUUAAUGAUGAAAUUACAGGCCACUCGGGUCUCACCUUCUUUGAGGCUUACACUAGCGAGGUUGGUUCUGCUUUGCUCCGGGCAUCCGUUCGAACAUGUCUGGCUCACAUUCGUUGCUCACAGCGUGCUGGUGGUCAAGAGGUAGAGGCCGCCUUUCCGGAGGCGCUCAAGGGUCCCAUUCUGCGCAAAGUCCAGUUCCAAACGAUUUCCCGUCUCGAUAACCUCGUCGACAUGGUCUUCGACGAGUUCAAGGCCGAUUUCUAUCCAGGGGAGGAUGUCUUUGUCACGCUGGACGAGUUCAACAACGAGCGACGACCCUGUCUUGUGCGGGAAAAGACGACCUUUGGCGCAAGGAUCUUGCCGGACGGCUCGAGUUCUCUUCCGACCAGCCGGUAUCUGGUCGUACUCGGUGGCGGCUCCGGGCAGGAGCAAAUCGUCACAACCGACAACCUGAGCCGUGAGCGCGGCGCCUUCACCAAGUCUAUGCUUCGGUCUUUUCUGAAGAGGACAAUCCACCGAGAGGCCUGGAACGGGGCCCCCUGGCUCGUCAAGGAUGGCUACGCCAAGCAGUAUCAUAUUGACACCAGGAUUCCUCCGCACCUUCGGCACGACACCAAGAUUCAGGAGCGCAAGCAGCUUUUGGCCCAGAAGCGUGAGCGCAGCUUGAUACAAGACGCCAACGGGCACAGCCCAGCCGCGCAGACGGGCCCGGUACGACUGCCCGAACUCAAACCCGCUCCCAAGAGCCACAAGGGGAAGCAAACCCCCGGCAGCGCGGUCAAGGGCCUCAAGUGGCCCACAGACAUGACAUCCGACGGCGUCAAUGGUGUUGGGUAUCCGAGAUACGAUGAUGAGCGAGCUGCUUUACCACGUGAGCCGACUCCCCCGCCUCCGCCGCCGCCGCCCAAGUAUCCCAUCGAAGACCUGCAACUGGAGCCGCGGGAAGGCAACGUGCGACCCCAGCUCAGGUUCAUGUGCAGAGACCCUCCCGUUCAUCAAGAAAUCGAGCACGAUUUGCACCGCCAGAUCGACAUGGAGACCGUGGGGCCUCUUUUGGAGACGUGGGACACGCUCAAUGUUUACUGCGAGAUCUUCAAACUCGACUCCUUCACCUUCGACGACUACGUUCAAGCCAUGUCGGUGGCUUCGAGCAGCACCCCGGUUCAGCUCUUCGACGAAAUCCACUGCUCCGUGUUGAAGAUUCUGGUCGACUCUGAAGCCGACGGAGGCAAGGUGCGAAUCACGCUGCCAGAGGUAGAAGAAGACGACAGCGACAAGGAUGACGAUGACGACGAAGAGAAUGGGGAGGACAGUCGACGGCAGAGCAUCGAGCUCGACGACAUCCCGGUCGCGAGGGCUACACGCAGCAGUUUGGCGAAGCUUGAAGCGGAGAGGCUGGCAGCUGAAGCGGCAGCAGCCGAGGAGGAGAGCCUCCGUGCCGAGCUGGAAACUAAGAAUCGCGCUGAGGAACUCAUGAAGGAGUUCGACUGGAUCGAGCACCUACGGCAGCGGAACUUUCAAAAGGGAGGCUGGCAGAGGAUUCUGGUUGGCCUACUUCAUCAGCUUUCCAAGAAGGAGCGCCUCCAGCACGCAUGCGAGGAGCUGCUGCAGCAGCUGGUGCCUGCAGAGAUGGUGCCCUCCCCGGAGAAUGUGCAGCAACAAUACGACAAGCUGGACAUCAACUACCGCGUCAAGGCGCUGCAGAUCAUCUGCAUGCUGACGAUGGAGACUAAGGCCGUCAGAGGCUACAUGGAAGACUGCAGUGAGACCAUGACCAAGUAUCGCAAAGACAAGAUUGAGUGGCAGCGACAGCGGAAGCAGGCCAUCGAGGAGCUCCGGCAACUGAAUGAACAACGCAAGCUGUUGAUGCCGGAAAACGAACCGGCGGAGGAGGCCAACGGUACGCCUGUCAAGGAGGAAAUAGACGUCAAGAUGGUCGACGCCGACGAAUCAAUCGUGAGCAAAGAGGAAGACAUCGAGGACAGCCAGGACGAGACUUCUAGAAAAAAGCGCCGGAGCCGUGUCUUGACGGACAAGAAGAAGAAGCACGAGGACGAGGAGAAGCUCAAAAAGGCCAAAGAGAAGGCGCUCGAAAAGACCAAGCCGCAACAGUCGAAACAGUACAUCAAGCUCCUCAAGGACAUCCAAAAGAAGGAAGAAGUGAUCAAGAAGUGCGAGGAAGAGGUGGCCAUCAUCGACAACGAUCUCCGGGAGGCUGACUGUCCAAGAACCCGCGUCCUCGGAAAGGACAGGUUUUGGAACCGUUACUAUUGGUUUGAGCGGAACGGCAUGCCAUAUGCCGGAUUGCCCGACAGUUCCACGGCGCAUGCGGCAUAUGCCAACGGCUGCAUCUGGGUCCAAGGCCCCGACGACCUGGAGCGAGAAGGAUACAUUGAGCUGCCGACGGAGCUCCAGAACGAGUACAAGGCCAAGUUUAACAUGACUGUCCCGGAGCGCAAGGCGAUGGAAGAGGGCGAAACCAGCGUCUUCACUGCCAGGCAAUGGGGCUACAUCUCCGAGCCCGAAGACCUGGACCGACUCAUUCGAUGGCUGGAUCCCCGAGGGUUCAACGAGCUCAAGCUACGAAAGGAGCUGGUCACCUACCGUGACCGGAUAGCCAAGCACAUGGAGAAUAGGAAGAAGUAUCUCGCAAGCAACGACCCUGAGGGUGACGAAGGCGACAAGAAGGAGGAGCCGAAACGGGUCAGCUCGAGGAUUCGAGAGAAGACACCCGAUCCUCCGAGUUACCGCUGCCUGCAGUGGCAAAACACAAUGGCCCUGGAGGACCUGGGACACCUGCAUGGCGAUCCGCCGCCGCCGCCACGACCGAAGAAGCAGACAAAGAAGCGUGAGGCUGUGGUGGAGGCGGCACCGAGACCUGCGACGAAGACACGACGCAAGUGA